CAUCGUAAACAUAGACCUGUCAAACAACAUAGACGCCAUCUUGACAGCACCCUCAAAAUGGCAGAAAGAUGUGAGCUAGAAACCGAGUCCAAACUAAGAUCUCAGCGCUCUGCUAUUUAAAACCAGUCGGCGCCGUUUUUCCCCAACCGCGGGUGGUUAUGGAGUUGGAGCCCAGCGAGGCAGCACAGAGCCUGUAACAUGGAUAUAUCGACGGCGGUUUUCAACGCGGCCAGAGAUGGUAAGCUGAAACUUAUCCAGAAGUUGCUGAGCAACAAAAGUCCAGAGGAGCUGGAGGCUUUGGCUGAGGAGAAAACACAGGGGGGAACCCCUUUGCUGAUAGCCUCUCGAUACGGACAUUUAGAGGUGGUGGACUACCUCCUUGAACAUUGUAAAGCGAAUGUUGAACUCGGGGGUUCGGUGAACUUUGACGGCGAGACCAUCGAGGGGGCUCCGCCGCUCUGGGCGGCUUCGGCAGCCGGUCACCUCCUUGUGGUGAAGACGCUACUGAAACACGGUGCCUCAGUAAACAAUGCAACACUAACUAACUCAACGCCGCUCCGAGCUGCCUGCUUCGACGGUCACCUGGAGAUCGUCCGCUACCUGGUGGAGCACAGAGCCGACAUGGAGGUCGCCAACCGCCACGGCCACACCUGCCUCAUGAUCUCCUGCUAUAAGGGCCACAAGGAGAUAGCCAAGUUCCUCCUGGAUCGCGGUGCGGAUGUUAACCGCAAGAGUGUGAAAGGAAACACUGCCCUACACGACUGUGCCGAGUCAGGUAGUCUGGACAUCAUGAAGAUGCUGCUGAAGUGCAGUGCCCGCAUGGAGAGAGACGGAUACGGGAUGACCCCGCUCCUGGCCGCAAGCGUGACGGGUCACACCAACAUAGUGGAGUACCUCGCCCACCAGCCUCGUACCUCCAGAGAGGAGCGCAUUGAUGCACUUGAACUCCUAGGGGCUACUUUUGUGGACAAAAAGCGUGAUCUGUUGGGCGCCAUGAGGUACUGGAGGAGGGCGAUGGAGCUGAGGCAGCCAGGGGAAAAGACCGGUUCUCUUGCCAAGCCCCCACCCGGUCCCCCGAUCCCCGCCUAUGGCUGCGCACAGGAGGUGUGCACUGCAGAGGAACUCGAGGCUUUGAUCACCGACCCGGACGAAAUGAGGAUGCAGGCCCUGUUGAUUCGCGAGCGCAUCCUGGGCCCGUCCCACCCAGACACGUCUUAUUACAUCCGCUAUAGGGGAGCUGUGUACGCUGACUCGGGCAACUUUGAGCGCUGCAUAAGUCUGUGGAAGUACGCUUUAGACAUGCAGCAAAGCAACCUGGACCCUCUCAGUCCCAUGACAGCCUCAAGUUUCCUGUCUUUUGCAGAGCUCUUCUCGUUUGUUCUUCAAGACCGGGCAAAAGGCUCGCUGUCAACACGCAUCACCUUCCAUGAUCUCAUGACUGUGUUGGGCAAAAGCGUGAGGGAGGUAGAGAGAGCUGUGGCACAGAGGGAUAAUCCCCCAGAAGCUCCUCAGUUCACCAAAGCCCUCUCCAUCAUCCUCCACCUCAUCUUUCUACUGGAGAAGCUCGAGUGCAGCCCGGAGCAGGAGCACCAGAAGAAGCACACGGUGUACCGACUUCUAAAGCUGAACCCCCGAGGGCGGAGCGGCUUCACCCCCCUGCACAUGGCCGUAGACAAGGAAACGACAUCUGUCGGCCGCUACCCGGUAGGCCGCUUCCCCUCCCAGGCGGUGGCUGCACUGCUCCUAGAGUGCGGCGCGGACGUUGAUUCGCGGGACUGUGAGAACAACACACCGCUGCACAUUGCUGCUAACAACGGUUGUCCGGAGAUUAUAGCGCUCCUCAUGAAGGCUGGAGCUCACUUUGAUGCCACAAAUGCACAGAGGAAGACGGCCUACGAGCUGUUGGAUGAGCACAGCAGCGGGCACCCGGCCCUCUACCCGCUAAACUACGUCACCCUUCAGUGCCUGGCAGCACGUGCAAUCGAAAAGCACAGACUGCCCUACAGGGGACUCAUCUCUGAAGAGAUGGAGGCUUUCAUUGAGCUGCACUGACUUCCACUUCUGCAUCAACCGCCCCCUUCUAAUGAAGAGGCAUCCCAGCAACUACUCUUCCCGUUCUCGCCUAUUCUUUACUGUGACCUGACACAAACUAUUCUUUUGGGGGUUUUUUUGCUCGACACAAGUCUCCUCUUGACUUCUGCUCCACUGCUGACUGUAACCAACGUUUUUAUCAGACCAAACCAAUAGCAAUAAACAUCCAACCUCUGGGCUUAAGUGUCUGCCAGAGGUCUGGUCAGUUGUUGCUUUAUUCUAACACAGACUUUUAAGGUGAUUGUUGGUUUCCACUGCUACUUAAUGCCGGGUGAAACGUUAACAUCAGACUCUAUUGCAUCUCCUCUCAGUGUCUCCCUCUAAAACAAACAAGCAAAAAGGGAGCGGUACAAGCUGAUGGGGGUUUGUGUGGGUUUGCUAGUGGCUGAAGUGUAUGAGAAAUGGGCUCGUUUUUACUGACACAAAGCAUCUGAUCAAAGUAGCCAGAUAACAUGCAUGAAAAUGAAGUGUGACUGUGGUAGCUCACUUGUUGUUUAGCAGAUUCAUUCAGAAAGGAAAUAUUUGAACAAACUCAACGAGUCGCUGGCAUUUUUUUUUUCUUUUCUUUGUGCCUGGUUCUACUUGUUCGCAUUCGGUGUACCAUCUGUUAUGUUUCUCUGACGCUGGGAAGGUGUUGAAAGUACUGUGCCAAAUGUUCCGUUACAAACUGUAAACCGGUGGCAAAAUGGCAAAAGCAAUGAAUGUUUUCUUCCUGAUUACAAGCAAAAGUAAUAAUAUGAAGUUACAGACAUGAACCUCUGAGCUUGAGGAGAACAUUGACUGGACUGUGACAGUAUUUUGUCAGCCUGCUGCACCGUCUGACUUAGU